AUGGUCUUGCUAAAACCGGGCUUGCCGGCGAAAACGCUUCGUGAAAUUCGAGCUACCAAUACGAUUUCAGCACGUUUGCUUGAGCAAUUGCAGAAACUCAAUGAGGAGACUGCUGUGUUUCUCCAGACGGCGCUGGUGCCUUCUGAACCAACUGAGAUCCAGCACAUUUUCCAGGAUUUCUACUUUUUGGUGGGCGCCAAUACGCUGAGUAAGAACCUUCGGUUUCCUGAGAUUCGCCUUGCCAAGUUGAGACAGGUGGCGAGGUCGUUGGAUAAAGUGGUACCCCAGAACGAGAUAGAUAGUGCUUUGGUGAAUAUCAUUGAUCGGUACUUGGUGGUUUUGGGAGCACACGAAUUGGCCAAUCUGUUUAUUUUCAAGACAAUUGUGCUUACGAACCAGGGCAUUUACUGGAGUGACGUGAAACUGCUGAACUACGGGAAGUUGUGUUUUGGAGUUCAGACAUUACCUUCGAGAGUCUACGAUUUUGCGUGCCGUGGCGUCCACAAUGCUACAUUUGUGCAAUUGAAUAAUCAGGGCAUUUACCAGAGGUUUAAGAAUGCUUUGCAGGCGCUUUGGGAUAGUUUCAGCAGAGCUGGUGCUCAAGUGUAUGGCCAUUUGAAUAAGAACUUCGUGUUGAGAGGUUCCAGGCUUCGUUUCUUGACAGUGCCGCUUUCUUUCAUUGAUGCAGAGAUUAAGGAGAAGGUGGACGCUGUUCAGGCUCAAUUGGAUGUUCAUUAUGGCCAAUUGGGCUUGUUCAUCAACAGUUUGCCUGUGGAUAUUGAACUUUUAGGAAAGCUUCUUGAUUGUGAUGCCAACAGAUCUACUGUGCUCCAGAAGAUCGAGGAUAAGAUGAACGACGACUCUGAGUAUAAGAAUACUCGUGCUCCUGGCUUCAUUUCACGUUACUGGCCUGUUCUUGCACUUUUGGUUAAAUAUGGUCCUUCCACCUCCGUUUCCAUCUACCAGAACCGUUUGGCAAUCGUUGACUGGGUUAGACACAAUUUGGUUGACACAGUUGUUGGGUUCUGGAAGAAUUGGGUAGUGAAGCCCAUUUGGGAUAUGUUAGGUAUUCUUCGUGCCGAUGACCAAAUGACCAUUACUUCCAAGGAAUCUCUACAGUCCGACCUCAACUCUUUGGAAAGAAUGGUGACUGACUUCAUGAAAGAUAAUAACAUGACCGUUGAUGCCAACCAGACUAAGGUUGACGGUGCAAUUGCUAUUGGCGGUAUUGAUAAAUUACUCAAACUGCAGCAGUUGCUUUUCGGUAUGCUUUCAGUGCUGCCAUCGCUUUUUAUUCUUUACCAGGCUAACCAAGCGCUCCAUUCAGACGGUACCUUCUCCAAAAAGAGUCAGCGUAUUACUUGCUUGAAAAGUCUUAACAGAGUUGGAGCACUUGUCAACCGUGAAGUUCAUGAAGAUAAACUCGUUGGCGACGGUAAGCUUUUCGUGGAGAUGGUCAACUUGACACUUCUUCUGAAGUCGUUGAUUCCUAAGAGACUUCUGGAAGACUGGCUCAAAGACCUUAACCUGCUUAUGGUGGCCAGUGCCGAAGACAGUGAAAGCGCUAGCCGUGCCGUGGAACGGAUCUGGAACAUGUACCUGCCAUUCUUCAGACGGGGAGUGUAG